AUGCUUCUAGAGGCUGGGGCAGAUCCGAAUGGCAGUGUGUAUGGGUAUAUGACUCUGCUAGUGCGGGCGUCAUUACUAGGCGACAACGAGGCGGUUCAAAUACUGCUCAACGCUGGGGCAGAUGCCAAUGCCGUGGGAAGCAGUGAUGAGUCUGCGCUAUUGCAUGCGGCGCGAAACGGCCAUGAGGAUGUGGUCAAGUCGCUCUUGAGUGCUGGCGCAGAUGUCAACGCUGUAUCUAGUCGCUGUACUCCAUUACAAGAAGCAGUGGAGUGUUAUUGUUCUACGGAAAUGUUACAGGUACUGUUAAGCGCUGGAGCAGAUGUCAAUGCCGUGAGCCUCAGCCGUCGUACCCCUCUACAGGUGGCAUCAAGACACGCUUGGCCGGAGGGGGUAGAAAUCCUAUUGAAUGCUGGCGCAGAUGUUGACCCCAAGGAGAGUGACAGAACUACUGUGUUACACGAAGCAGUGGACAGUGGCUCUGUGGAAGUGGUGAAGAUGCUGUUAAGCGCUGGAGCAGAUAUUCUGGACUUCAGACAUUGGAAUCUUCUACACUUGGCAUCAAGAGCCGGCCAAGGGGAGAUGGUGGAGGUCCUGUUGGAUGCUGGUGCAGACAUCAACGCCAUGGAGAGUUCCCGUACUGCAUUACACGAAGCAGCAAUGGUUGGCUCUACCGAAGUGGUAGAGAUACUGUUGAACACUGGUGCAGACAUCAAUGCCGUGAGCGGCGUAUUUGGUACUCCUCUCGAGAGGGCAUCGAGAUUCGGCAAUUGGGAGGUGGUGGAGGUCCUGCUGAAUGCUGGCGCCAUCGAUGAAGGGGGGAAAGCUCGACAAGCCCUCGAAACGUGA